UCGCUGAACUUCUGUGCUUGCGAGUUAAGGACUAUGGCAUUGUUUUUCGACCAGUCUUUCGAUUUGGUUAAAAAAAUAAGCGCGGAGACUGAACGAGAAUUUAUCUUCAACACAAACAUGGUGCAGAUCGCAGACGUGGCAACCAAGCGUUCGUUGUCUUCUCCUGAACUCGAAAGAACUUUCCACGCCGAGGGGCAGAGAAAAAGAAAGAGGACGAUUUUUAGCCGCGCUCAGUUGUCGGAGCUGGAGCGCGCCUUCGUGAUCACGCCGUAUCCAGACAUCACUCUCCGGGAACGACUCGCCGCGCUCACGCUACUUCCGGAGAGCAAAAUCCAGGUGUGGUUCCAAAACAGACGAGCCCGCAGCAUGAAAAGCAAGAAGCUGACCGCCCCGGUUAGGAGAAGUCCAGUCAGGGAAACGAGCUCUGUACCUGGAGCGGCGUUCCCACCGACCCACCUUGAUUUAAACCCAGAGCUGAAUUCUGUCGUUCUAGAACAGAGGGACAGACCGGAUGCCGGCAGAGGCCUGCGUCACCAUCAGCAAAGCCUUAGACAAGCACUCAGCCCCUGGUCUCAAAAUCUUCCACAUCCCACGCCAGCCCCGCCAGAAAUGUCUCCAGACCUCCCCGGGCUUCUGCAGUGGGGAAACAGACACUCGGAAACACCCGAAGCUCCGUCUUUCUCCAACUGCCCAUCGGACAGGCUGGCUCAAUACCCGUUCCAAAACCAGUCGAGCAGUCACUGGCAGAUAAACUGCUUUUCAGCUCACCCUGAAGGUUUUUCUGGACAUCAGUUCAAGUCCUACUGCACUGCCAAUCAGGCCAUAUAUACCUCCAUGUCUGUGGACCAGGUGAUUCCUACACACCAAAGCAGUCUGGAGGAAGCGCUGCAAAGACAAGCUCUCACACAUUACCCUCAGACCUCACUGGGAGAUAUUUCUGACCUCAUAUAUAAAGCAGCUGUGGUCACCAAUCUGGAAGACUGCUAG